ACGCACUAUUAUUGAUUAACAGAACAGGGAAUGCGGUUUACACCUAUUUCAACCUAGCUAACAGCCUAAAACCAACAUCCCACACAUAGUUAGUUGUGCAGUAUUUGAGGACAUUACUGCAGUAGUCCAUAACACCUCUAACUACAUCCACAGCCCAUAAUUAACCGCUAGUCUUUAGAGGUUGCCAUUCGCUAUAGAACCCUUGAGUCUAGCGGCUAGGCUACAACCAACUAGACUACCAGGCCGUUUGAUAAUGGAAUGUGAAGGUAGGUUUCAGUUGUAAGCAAUUGCAGCAGGUAGAGUAUAUGAAGGCGUGGAAGGCAGGAAGUAACUAGAAGCGGAAGCGGGAGUUGCGACCUGGCGCGGGGUGGGGCUGGCUAGCGUCGCUCAGCCACGUAAGCAAUAGUUUUUCCGGUCCGGGGACUUCGGUGAAGGCCCCAAUUCCCCCUUUCCUAGCGUUCGCAGUCUUGUUGUGUCAGCUUUUGGUGUUCGACCCAGACGGAGAGAAUACCACUUUCGAAAAACAAGCACAAUUAUCGCUAUUUAACAGGUGGCUGUGGCGUUGUCGCUUCGGGUUCUGCUGGUAAAUAUGGCUUCGACUAUUGCAGUAUUCCUUUUACACUGUUUCAAAAACUAGACCUAGAGCAAAUGGGCAUUUUCUUGCCCUAUGUGGCGGUGCAGGGACAAGCAAUUUCCAUUCUCUUCCAUGUGCUUCUACAGAAGUGGGGUAAGUGAGUUGUAUCACGUGACUUCGCCCGUGAGCUUUCAAACGACUGAACUGUGGUAGGUAAAUGCGGCAGCAGGUAGAUCUGCGAUAUGUUCGGUAGUGCCACAGAGUAGAAGCAGUAAGGUGUGGUAAAGAUGCGCGAAGAAAAGACUUACCAACGCGCGGUUGAGCUUCUGCGAUCCAGAAGGAUGCAGAGAUCAGCAAAGCCUCCAUCUUCAACACUGCCUAUCGUGCGCCUGCCAAAUGGCUCACCGUCAUUUCGUGGCACUCCUCACCUCCAAGGAAUGAAGGAAUGGCUUGAGAAGCUGGGACACAAGGAGGAGAACCUGAAUCGACUCAAUAUUAUCCACGUCGCUGGAACAAAAGGCAAAGGUAGCACGUGCGCCUACAUCGACAGUUUCCUGCGGAGUCAUGGGAUCCGAACCGGGUUCCCUGCCAAGCGUGGUCUCUACAUGUCGCCUUACCUAGACAAGCACAACGAGAUGAUACGGAUCAACUCGGUGCCUCUUUCUGACGAACGCUUCACUGCAGCAUUUUUCGACGUGUGGGAUGGCCUUGGUUUACGUCAGGAAGAUACUGGUACCCCCAAGCAACUCCAACUGCUUGCUCUUAUGUCCUUCCAUGUGUUCCUUCAAGAAGGCGUUGACGUUGCAGUUUACGAGACUCACCAUGGAGGGAAAUACGAUGUGACAAACGUCAUUCAGCAUCCCGUUGUUACAGUCAUUACGACUAUUGGUUUGGAUCAUCAGAUGGAACUUGGUGGAACUAUUGAGAAUAUUGCGUGGCACAAGUCGGGUAUUUUCAAGGCUGGUGCCUAUGCAUUAUCAGCCCCUCAAGUUCCAGAUGCUGCAGAGGUACUCAAAGAAGUGGCAAGGGGUCUACAUCUCCAGUUGAAAUUUGUCGAUACUUCACUGGGCCUUCCUGGUGAUUUCCAGCAUGAAACCCAACGCAUCAAUGCCUCUCUUGCAAGGGACGCUUGCAACGCAUUCCUCGUCCAGCAAGACCAGGGAGGAUUUCUAACAGAAAAAGAUAUCGAAGCGGGAAUCCAAACUUUCCGACUGCCGGGCCGAUUCCAAUUAGUCAAGACAGAAAAGAGGCUGACCUGGUGCUUGGAUGGCGCACACAAUCCCAUGAGCGCCACAGUAUCUGCUAGCUGGUUCAGCAAUAUUCCUAAACCCAAGCGAGCGAGGAGUGUGCUUCUCUUUGGCAUUGAUUCAGACCGCCAUAACCCGCACGAGACUCUCAAAUCCCUGGGGGAAGUACUGGGAAACUCUAUCACAUGUGUCAUCUUGACCUCCAAUACCGGAAUUUUUGAUCGUGAACGUCUGGAGGGCUAUGCCAAAGUAUGGGGAGAGCUGUCAUCGCGGAGAGUUAUCAUUGCAGAGCGUGACGAUGGGGUAGAACAGGCACGUUGUGAAGAGGGUUCUUAUAUACUAGUAACCGGGAGUCUGUUCCUGGUUGCCUAUGUGCUGAAGAAACUCAAGCAGCCUCAUGUAUAGCAAGGCGCCUGUGUGGUGGCGAUGUUCGCACUAUAUGAUCAAGCCAAAACGUUCCGAGCCCAACAAAAUAAAAACAUCGGCGUCGCC